AUGAAGUUCUCUGGCGGCGAGUCCAUGUCGGACAUCUCUGCCUUUCGAGGGGCGGCUGGGAAGUGCUGCCCCGACGUCUCUGUCCAGCCCGUGCCGCUUUCGGCGGACGGAGAGAGGACACAGCUGAACGAGCCUCUUGUCAUCAAGCGUAGCAGGGACUUCCAGUUUGUCUUGGCAGGCUUUAAGGUCAACGGUGAGCACCAAGUACUCUUCGACCUGACGGUGCCCCCGCAGCGCUCGUGCGCAGAGGUGCGGGUGGCCGAGAACCGGGACAGCGAGCCAAAGGCUGUCAUCCGACCCGGCACGAUCGUCACCAUCCUGGCCAUCGGCAUGAGCGACAACACCAGGGCCAAGGUCCAUGGAAAAGGCAGGGCCGACACCCCCGGGGUCGACGGCUGGAUUACGCUGUUGUCCAAGUAUGGCGACUUAACCCUCGGCCCGGUCGAAGACCAGCGCAAGGAGGUCGCCAUCGAAUUCGCGCCCAAGUAUCUCAAGAUCAAGGGCAUGCUGCAGGCCUCCGUGCGGGGCGACCUGCCCGGCAUGAAAAAGAUCUUGGAGGGCGGCUUCAUGGCCAGGCACAGGCCUGACGUGAACUGCACGGACGCGCGGGGCAAGUCCGCGCUGAUGUUCGCAGCCGCGUGCGGACACAGAGACGUCGUCGAGUAUCUGCUCAGCCACAAGAAGUUGAUCGAGGUGAACUCGGUGGACAACACCAACAAGACGGCGCUGCACCACGCCGCCACGCGGUCGAGGAAGUCGCCCAAGCUCGCGCAGACCGGGAUCAUCCGGCUGCUGCUCACGCACGGCUGCGCCCUGGAGGCGGCCGCCGACGCGGCCGCCGACGAGGCCGCCGAGGCCUCCGACCCGACGCGGCAUAUGAGCAACAAGGGCAACUCAUGA